AUGGCGCAAGAUUCCCAAGAACAGCCCGCUGAAGGAUCCAUCGGCUCAUUCAUCAGAUCUCUCCGCCUCGCCCAAUCUUACACACACGAUGGAUCUCUUGGACCAAGCAAUACAACGGCUCAGACCGAUCCGUCACUCGGAACGCCAUCUCAGAGUUCGAAUGAUCAGUCAAGUCAGGACCCUGCGGUACUUGGGCAAAACCGCCAAGAGAUUGCACGGGUGAUCAAGGACAUUCUAGACGGCAACAUCCAUCUUGCUAGUACCCCUGGUAUCAGACAAGCGAUCACUGAUGAAUGCUCCAAGUGGAAUCCGGCUAUCUGCGGCAGGGCGGAUUUUGUUGCGAAACUUCGAUCCCUUGGGGGGGAAGAAUUGGCGGCACAUCUUCUCAAGUUUCACGACAUGCAUGAUGAACCAUCUCGUCAGAGUUUCGUUGUCGCUUUGUGCGUGGCGAUCCAGAGAAAGUCGGAUUGGCAGCCUGAUCGCCGGAACGAACCACCCCGUGUAGACGCCAACGAUAAGAUCUUCACCCGUCUGUGUAGAGCAUGCGCCGACCGAGUGCGUGCCACUCCCGUAGAUGAGCGUACUUUCGAGAGCGAUUGGCUCAACUGGCAACGCUACACUCUUGUACCGAUUGUUCACACACUGGUAGAUGUGGGAUAUACGGACGCUGAACUGGACGAGCAGAUGUUGGCGAAUUUGGCGGAUGGAUUCGUGGUCAAUGCGUUUCAGAAGUGGUACGUAGCGCCUGAGUAG